UGCUUUCGAUCUUUCGAUUGUCGUCAGUAGAAAUAUGCCAUGUGAGAGCAAUAUUUUUGACAUGUCGCAUCCAUGAAUAUGGUUGUGAAUAUUUUCUUUUCUAGUUGAAACAGCAGUCUCAUUCUUCGUUUUAACUCGUUUUAAACUGACAUGACUUCCCAUAGCUGUUACGUACCUGGCUGCAAAAGUGGAUAUGCAUCUAACAUCAGAAAGGCAAGGCAAGCUGGAGAAAACAUUCCAUCACUUUUUCACCCCCCGGAGCAUAUGGUACAAUUAUGGGAUUCAAUAAUACAGAGAAAUGACAGGAACCUCCAUCAAUGUGACUUGGUUUGUUCACUGCACUUCAAGGAGGAGGAUAUAGAACGUUAUUAUACUCAUAUCAUUGAUGGUCAGGUGGUUCGGAUAGAAAGAGGAAAUCCAAAACUAAGAAAAGGUGCUGUGCCAUCUGUGUUCUCCUGUGAUAACUUAAAGGGACUUAGGGCUACGAGGAGAAGCAGAGCUCUAGCUCAAAGGCGCAGUUUGGAAAAGAAGCGUAAGCUAACUGCAGGUGACUAUGCCGUUGGAACAUCCACUCAUUUUAAAAAAGGAGUCACAAUUUCCAGACAUGACAGAGCAUCCAUCCAAAUUAAAGAGGAGCAGAACUCUGAUUCUGAAGAAAGACCUAACCCAGCACUCACUGAGGGUAUGAAAUCCCCAUUAUUUGAAGUGUUCAACACUUCUGAUCAUUGUAGAACUGAACUGUAUGGCCUGUUAGCAGGCAACAAGACUGAAGCCUCUGCAGAGAUUAAAAAAACAUUAUCAUGUAGGAGUGAUUUUGAAUUUCCUAUUUCUUUAGCAGAAGAAACUACUAAAAUAACUGGUAACAGAAUACCUGAAACAAUGCUUUGUAGACCAAACGAGCCAAAUGAAGUGGAUACUGCAAAGCUGCGAGUGUCAGCUUUCACUUACAGUGAACUACUUGAAUAUGCCUAUGUGAUUCCAUUACCAUCAUCACUAUGGGCUGUUCAUAAGCAGCCUCGUGACAAGUAUGUUGCCUUUGUUCAUAUGACAUACAGCACAGUAGAUGGAUUCAAAACUGACCGAGGUGUUGUGUUUGAAGAGACAUGUGAACCUGUCAUAUUCUUUUAUAGCCAUAGAGUUCGUCUUCCUCAGUUAGAAAAGAAAGUUACAUGUGUUGGGGAUGUAAGUAACUUAUUGCAAGAAGUUGACGAAUUCCAUGCUGUCUGCCUUUUUGUGGAUUGUGUAAAAUAAAUUUAAAUAUCAAGCUAAGGCAUGUUUGUAAGUGCCGACAACCAAACAAAUGUGGAUGGAUGCACUUUAACUGAAAUACAACAGACUCUCAGCUAUCCUUGGUAAUAAAGAGAAAUAGCAGGAUAAUUAGAAGUAACAGGUGAUCCAGAUAUCUGGAAAUGUCCACUACCCAUGCUGCAUUCAAGCCUCAGCAUCAUAACAUGCUUCUGAUUGUCCUGGAACUUCAGUGUGCUUAUGUUAAUUACACAACACGCUUAACAUAAAUAUAAAGAGAAAUAAAGAUAAACAAAAUUUUGUGCUCUUGAAAAGGAGCAAGGACAGUACAGUCAGUAUGAUGACUGGCUGCGGCUGAGGGGUUGGAGUUCAAGUCCCAGUAGAGCAAGAUUUUUCUCUUCUCUAUGUCAUCCAGACUGGCUCUG